GGGUUACCAAAAAGGAAGAAAAAGAGAAUAUUCUCUAGUCUCUCACUGUGUGUUAUUUUAGCUUUCAAGUUUCACUUCAUUGGACUCUUUUUUUGCCUUUUGCCUACUGCAACGAAAGCAUAAAGGAGGAGUGACAUCCGGGAUCACUGAGCCAGUUGAAACGCGCGGCGAGAGAAGGAGCAAAAUAUGGAGAGCUCCGGCGAACUGGUGCCUUUCCCGUUGCUGACGACACCGAUUGAAUCGAAUUACCGAGCAUGCACGAUCCCGUACAGGUUCCCUUCCGACAAUCCCAAGAAACCAACCCCCACCGAGCUUUCCUGGAUCAACCUCUUUAUGAAUUCCAUCCCUUCGUUUAGGAAGAGGGCUGAGAGUGAUGACACUGUUCCAGAUGCUCCUAUUCGAGCUGAAAAGUUUGCUCAGAGGUAUUCUGCAAUACUUGAGGAUAUAAAGAAAGAUCCUGAAAGUCAUGGAGGGCCGCCUGAUUGCAUUCUUCUUUGUCGCCUUAGAGAGCAAGUGCUUAGGGAAGUGGGGUUCAGAGAUAUAUUUAAAAAGGUCAAGGAUGAAGAAAAUGCAAAGGCUAUAUCCUUAUUUAAGGAUGUAGUAUGUCUUAAUGAUGCUAUUGAGGAUGAAGCCAAGCGUGUAGAGAAUUUGGUCAGAGGAAUUUUUGCAGGAAAUAUAUUUGAUCUUGGUUCUGCAAAGCUUGCAGAGCUGUUUUCAGAGGAUGGUAUGUCCUUUCUAGCUAGUUGCCAAAACCUUGUCCCUCGACCCUGGGUUAUAGAUGAUUUGGACAUUUUCAUUACAAAAUGGAGCAAAAAAACAUGGAAAAAGGCUGUAAUCUUUGUUGAUAAUUCUGGUGCAGAUGUUAUUUUGGGUAUUUUGCCACUUGCUAGAGAAUUACUUCGUCAUGGAACACAGGUUGUUUUAGCUGCUAAUGACUUACCUUCUAUCAAUGAUGUUACUUACCCCGAGUUAGUAGAGAUUAUUUCUAAGUUGAAAGAUGAGCAUGGGAAGCUCAUAGGUGUUGACACAUCCAAUCUUUUAGUUGCCAAUUCUGGUAACGAUUUGCCGGUUAUUGAUCUUACAACUGUAUCUCAGGAGCUGGCAUACUUGGCAAGUGAUGCUGACUUCGUCAUUUUAGAAGGCAUGGGCCGCGGAAUAGAGACAAACUUGUAUGCUCGAUUCAAAUGUGAUUCCCUCAAGAUUGGAAUGGUAAAGCAUCCGGAAGUUGCUCAGUUUCUUGGAGGAAGGCUUUAUGAUUGUGUCUUCAAAUUUAAUGAAGCUUCAAGUUAAAAUAGUUUAGCUAUCAACUAUAUCAGUUCUUUCUGGAAGUUUAGACAAACCCAACAAAUUGAAGAUUAUGGUAAAUCAUUAUAUUGGAUAUUAUUUGCAACUUUUCUUGAAGAUUGGAUUGCAAAUGAAGCAUAUGUGUGGUUAGGUGCAUCUGCAGUAGUGUGGCCAUGCAGGUAUCGCAGUUGCAGCUUGAUCUUACCCAGUAAUCUUUCCAGCAGUAAAUGCCUCUUUUUUCUCCUGUAGUUUUCGGAAUCACUUGUAAUAAACAUAUUGGCUAGCUACGAUUGAAGAGGUUUUAUCAAUAGUAUUCUCAUCUAUUCGUGAUC